GAGCACAUAUUUUGGGUUACAUCACAGGUGACGCUCGGCUCUCCUGGACCGUGAGGUACGGUUCGGUUCGGUUCGUGCUCCUCUGCGCUCGUGCUGCUUGUCCGUGGCUGCAGCAGAAAGAUGGCGGCUGCUCUGCUGAGGACGGGACGCCUGUUCCGGACGAGAUGUUUGCAGGCCGAGAGCUGUACUGGUCUGGGUAGAACGUCUGCAGCCUUCAGCACCAAAUCUGGAGGCUCCAACAAGUCGACCAAGAAGAACCGGCCAGACAAAGCCAACCCAAAAACGUACUUUGAUAUAGAAAAACUUAUUCAGCACAAGUCCUUUGACGUCCCCAAGAAGGAGGUCUCUGCCGCGGCACAAGCUGCAGUUUCUGCUGCAAUACAGCCGCCACCUUCUGUCACUGCACCUGAGGCCGUGGAGGCCACGCCCACUCCUAGGGCCACAGAUGAACCUGCUGUAGCUGCUGAGGCACCACCACCUGUUGUGGUGGAUACAGCUUCCUCAAAGCCGAUGCUUGAAGCAGCUUCUGUUAAAGCUGCCCCAGAGCCAGUAUUGGAAGCCACCACGGAUGAAGCGGUACCGGAGCCAGUUGUGGAAGCGGCCCCCGUUGAAGCAGCCCCUGAGCCUGUCGUGGAAGUGGCCCCCGUCGAAGUGGCCGCAGAACCAGCUGUGGAAGCGGCCCCUGAGCCGGUCGCGGAAGCUGUCCUUGAGCCGAUCGUGGAAGCGGCCCCCAUUGUAGUGGCCCCUGAGCCGAUCGUGGAAGCGGCCCCCAUUGAAGUGGCCCCUGAGCCGGUCGCGGAAGCUGCCCCCAUUGAAGUGGCCCCUGAGCCGGUCGCGGAAGCAGCCCCUGAGCCGGUCGUGAAAGCGGCCCCCAUUGAAGUGGCCCCUGAGCCGGUCUUGGAAGCGGCCCCCGUUGAAGCGGCCCCCAUUAAAGUGGUUGCAGAACCAGUUGUGGAAGCAGCCCCCGCUGAAGUGUCCCCUGAGCCGGUCGCGGAACCAGCCCCUGAGCCCGUCGCGGAAGCGGCCCCUGAGCCGGUCUUGGAAGCCGCCCCUGAGCCGGUCUUGGAAGCGGCCCCCGUUGAAGCGGCCCCUGAGUGCGCCGUGGAAGCGGCCCCUGAGCCGGUCGUGGAAGUGGCCCCUGAGCCGGUCGUGGAAGCGGCCCCCGUUGAAGCGGCCCCUGAGCCGGCCGUGGAAGCGGCCCCUGUUGAAGCGGCCCCUGUUGAAGCGGCCCCUGAGCCGGCCGUGGAAGCGGCCCCUGUUGAAGCGGCCCCUGAGCCGGCCGUGGAUGGUGCAGAGGCUGGAGUUUCCUCCUCAGAGCAGCUGCUGGAUGCUGCUCCAGUUGCGGGCGAAGCUGCAGGGGAGAAUCUGCAGGAGGAGCCUUCUGCUGCACCAGAGGGACCAGCUGAGGCUCAGCUGGACCCCAUCCAGAAGCUCUUCCUGGACUCUAUUCGUCAGUAUUCCUCUGAGAGCCGGGCAGCUGGGGGGCUGCUGGACGCCGGCGCAGAUUACCAGAAGACUGUAGCAGAAGAGGUGGCCAAGCUGCAGAGGUUGUACGGAGGUGGAGACCUGGAGUCCUUCCCAGAGUUCUCUUUCCCAGAGCCUCGGCUGGACGAAGGCUCACAGAAGUGAAGGAGGACAGAAGAACCUUCUCCUGUUCUUCCAGUGAAUCAUCUGCCUGAAGCUCCAGGUGGAAAGUGGAUGAUCUGGACUCUGGGGGGGGGGGGCAUGGGUGUUUCUGUGUUGGGGGGGGC